AUGAGUCAACAACUAACCAUUGGAAACAGUAGUAAUGGUAACAACUACAAUAGUAUAAACAACAACAACUAUCUGAACCCAUUCUCAGAAACUUUAUCACCAGGUUAUCGAUAUUUCAACCAACAACAUUUCAAUCCAACACAUUUCAACGAACAAAGUUCACACCAACAAAAUAACAACCAACAAAACUUCAACGGACUACAUAUCAACCAACGAUAUUACAACGAGAAUAACAAUGCUUCAAAUAAUUUCUGUAGUUCUUAUGCCUCUAACAAAUCAACACCUACUACAGAUGCUUCUUCCCUUAGCUCACCCGAAACUAAUUUAAACAUUAAAAACAACAACCAGUUUGUUAAUCAUAAUUCUCAAAACAUCAACGAAAAUGCUUAUCAAAGUUUUUCGAUCCCAAAUUUCAAGCAGCCAGCAAUUCCCUCAACAUCAACUUCAGUUGCUACAUCAUCCGGCCAAACAGUUGUUGCUGGUCAACAACAGACAACCUCAAAUAAAUCAACAAAAGUGGUUAAAAAAAGAGCCAUUCUGUCGAAAGAUAAAACAAAAAUGUUAGAGAAUUACUACCAGAAUAACUUCAACUUUCCCUAUCCUGAUCGGGAAACAUGUGAAUCCCUGGCCAACCAGUGCGGAAUUUCCGGCUCUCAAGUUAAUAAGUGGUUCAGUAAUAGGAGGAACAAGGACAAAAAUACCAGGAGUCUAACCGACAUUGCUAAUAGGAGGGAAAGAGGAGGCAACUAA